AAAGAGUCACCACAACUCUCACAAGUUCUCAAGGUAAGUUCUGAAGAUGAACAAGAUUGUCUAUGUUAUUCUUCAAGCUGUACUUCAGUUGGCAGGCAGCACUUCGUUGAGGUUCAUCAAGCCAAAUGUUGUGGCUUUGGAGGUAUCAGAUUUGUCCAGCUUUGACGUGUCGCUCCAGUGUGGAGAGCAAUAUAAUGGAGAGCAAAUUUACUGGGAAAGGAAUGGGGAAAGCAUCUCUGAGACAGGAAACCACAUCACAGUUACGAUAGAUGGGCUGGUGGGGGGAAACUUCACAUGUCACAGAGCAAACGGAGAUCUUCUGAAUUACACACUAUUACUGGUCCAUCCAGUUGAGUUUCCUAAAGGAGGAGUUCUUAUACCAUCUACUGACAAAGAAUUCAUUUCUUGCACUGCAAGAAACUAUAAUGGACAAUUUCAUUGCUCUUGGAAAUGGCAUCAGGAACGGAUCCAAAGAGCUGUGGUAUAUUUCAAAGCAAUCCGAAACUCUAGUCUCAUCAACUGCACUCUGGACUCUGAUUUAUCUGGGCUGACUUGUAUUGACAAGGAUUACUGUCCAUACUCUGAGGAGUCUAGGAGCAUCAACCUCACACUGUUGGUUAGAAAUCUGUACAGGCUGGAGGAGCACCAAAAGACUUUCCUCAUCCAAGACAUUGUCAAGCCAGAUAAAGUUAAUAUCACCAAGAUCCAAGACAAUGUAUUUGAGUGGCACCGCCCUGAAACGUGGAGUUUACCCGGCAGCUUCUUUCCCCUCUCCUAUGAGGUGAAAGUGGUUCCCAACAAUCAUAGCUGUGACUACAUAGGAAGUCGUGUCGAAGUAAGCAAAACCAAUGAGUCACAUUACGAGGUGAAAUUCAAAAAAGCAUAUACUUUCUGUGUCCGAGCACAGGACCUGCUAACUAAAAAAGUUUGGGGUGACUGGAGUUACCAUCAUCAGAGAAAACACUAGCAUACCUCAGAAAAAUAAAAGGUCACACAUCCCUCUGCUUGACAAUCUGCUUUCUAUUCCUAACAAAAUAUUGCAACUAUUUAUAUUUAUACAUAUUUUGUAUUAUUAAAAUGUCAAGAUCAUUAAAAAUAUAUUGGAUGGCUAUUGAGAAUGCAUCAUUGGCUGACAGUUUUUUCCAUAGUUUAUUUUAUAGUGUUAUUUAAUAGGGCCUGUGUUAGUUAAGCACUGAGAGUUUCAUUCCUGCACUCUUCUAAACUUCUAAAAAUUACUAGACUUCUAAACAGUACUAGAUUAGGGUUCUUUGGUUUGUAACAACAGAAAACCCCUUUUGAUGGUAAAUAGAACCCUUUUUAUGAAAAAGCUA